CUCAUGAUGAUAAUAUAUAGUUUGCCGGACAAACUUGACAAGUGUAAACUACAACAUGGUUGUCUCACAUAUUCCCCUUUACAUUAGGUAUAAUAUAAACUCAUUUGCAUAUUGGUAAUCUUGGAGGUGACUGAGACACAAACAAAAUGGACCAGGGUUGUUAGAGCAUUUCUAAGUUUAUUGAAGUUUCAGCUGAAAGGGUGAUUUUGAAUAUGUAUUUGGUGGAGAGUAAAGCAGGGGCUAUAACUUGUAUGCUAUUUUCUCUGUUAUUUUUGGGGACAUGGCCUGCUUUGCUUACUUUACUUGAAAGACGAGGUCGUCUUCCUCAACAUACUUAUCUUGACUAUACAAUCACCAAUCUUUUCGCUGCUACGCUCAUUGCUUUUACUGUUGGUGAGAUUGGGAGGAGUUCAAUGGAACAGCCAAAUUUUUUCACUCAACUUUCUCAGGUGCAGGACAAUUGGCCUAGCGUCUGGUUUGCGAUUGCUGGAGGUGUGGUCCUCAGUCUUGGAAACCUUUCAACUCAAUAUGCAUGGGCUUUCGUUGGUUUAUCAGUCACCGAGGUCAUCACUGCAAGUAUUACGGUUGUUAUAGGAACGACGUUGAAUUAUUACCUUGAUGACAAAAUUAACAAAGCUGAGAUUCUUUUUCCUGGCGUUGGAUGCUUCUUGAUUGCUGUUUGUCUAGGCUCUGCUGUUCAUGCGUCCAAUGCAGCUGAUAACAAAGAAAAACUUGAUUAUUUUUCAAUUGACUCUAACAAUGGGGUUGGGACAAAAGAUGUUACUGACUCUACACGAACAAAUACAAAUACAGUCGAUAUGAAUGACUUGGAGAAUGGAGAGGAAGAGGCAAAGGCCGGAACUGCGCUGUUCCUUAUAGAAGUUGAGAACAAAAGGGCAAUGAAGGUGUUUGGGAAGAGCACUUACAUUGGUCUAGCUAUUACCUUCUUUGCUGGAGCUUGUCUUUCUCUGUUUUCCCCUGCAUUCAACCUGGCUACAAAUGAUCAGUGGCAUACUCUAAAAGAUGGAGUUCCUCACUUGAGUGUCUAUACGGCGUUUUUCUACUUCUCAGUUUCCAGUUCUUUACUGGCAACGAUUCUGAACUUCACGUUCUUGUAUCGUCCUGUUCUAAAUGCACCCAAAUCAUCAUUGAUGUGUUACGUGAACGAUUGGGAUGGCAGAGGUUGGGCUCUUUUGGCUGGACUUUUGAGUGGCUUUGGAAAUGGUCUUCAAUUUAUAGGAGGUCAAGCUGCUGGAUAUGCAGCUGCAGAUGCUGUUCAAGCACUGCCUCUUGUGAGCACAUUUUGGGGUGUAAUAUUGUUCGGAGAGUAUCGAAGAUCAUCAGGAAGAACGUAUACGCUUAUUGCAGGAAUGUUGAUCAUGUUCAUAGCAGCUGUUGCAAUCCUCAUGGCAUCUGCAGGGAAACGCAAAUCGAAUUAA